GCUCUUUAAAGUUCUCUGCGUUCGCUUCGUAUGUUAAAAAAAUUCGAAGUGAACCAUUAGAAUCGAAAUAUGUGGUUUAUACAAAGGAAAAGUGAUGGUCAAACUGUUUAUCUGUUGAAUAAGGAAUAUAUCGUUGGUAGAAGGAAAUGUACCAUCGAAGUUUCCGACGACCUAUCCGUUAGUAGGCAACAUUUAAAGCUCACUGUCGACUAUUCCCCCUUAACACAGGUAUCGGGCCAACCAACGUUAAAAAUUAUGGACUUAGGAUCAACAUAUGGGGUAUUCAUUAAUCCUUCUGCAACAAAUACUGGGAAAGUUGAACCAAAAACAUGGGUUAAUGUGGAAGCUGAUUCGUCUUUUCAUUUUGGAGUAAAAAAUGAGUGGAUAGUCAAAUGGAAAAACAUUUCUGUAGUGUGUUCAGCUCUUGGGUCUGCUGAGCGAAGACGACUUAAUAAAGAGCUAACCAUGUUAGGGGCAGAAUCCCUUUCUGAAUGGCAGCGUGGAAUCACCCACUUAGUAACAGAUAAAAUCAUGCUUACACAAAAGGUAUUAGAUAGCUUGCUUGCUGCCAUACCAAUUGUGGUGGUGGACUUUUUUGAGAAAUGGGUGUCACUUCUUGAACAGGAUCCCUAUAGUCCAAUCCCUGAUGCCUCACAAUACACCCCACAAAUUGGACCAGCUCUUGGACAGUUUGGCAAGCAAAGUUUCAUUCCAAAGGAAGAAAGAAAGUCACUUUUUCUUGGGAAGACUUUUAUUUUUGCCUCCCUCAAUGAACUAAAAUCGUCCAUGGCAAUAGCGGCUAAAAGAGCUGGUGGAAACAUCACAAGCGAUUUCGAGGCUUUCAAUACCGAAGGCGUUUUGUUGAUGGAAUCUGCUAAUUCUCCGCCAGAUUAUGCCCGGCUACUGACAUCGUUAUCAUCCCGUGGAGAACGGCCAAUCCCGCAAAGUGAAAUCGGUUUAGCCAUUCUUUCCUGUUCUGUUGAAGUCUAUUGCAAUCCCCGUGCCCGCCUUGCGAGCGAACAUAGCCAGAGUUAUAGUAAGCCUGCAAAAGCUUCUGUUGAGAGCAGCUUUCGUGACGAAGAAACUCAACUGGCUACACAACCUUUCAAUCACAAAAAAGAGAGCGAAGAGCCACCUUGUAAAAGAAACAAGAUCGAAAAUCAAGUCCCAGAAAAUCAAGUCGACCAACCACCCACCAAAAGAAUUCAUCUUGAUGAUGAAGCUGCUGCUACCUGUGAAAUUCGGUCUUAUGAUAAAGAUAAUGAUGAAAUCCUGAAAAGAAAAAGUGUGAAACCUAGAACAGAGCCAUUAUGUACCGGGCGUACCGAUAUCACGACUGAAGAACGCGAAAACAUUUUGGAUAAAUCCAUCCCACAAAAAUUGCAUGCGGGAUUUUUUAGUCGACAAAUGCCUAACUCAUCUAGUACCUUACUCACCAAUGUAAAUCCUGGUGAAACUAGUCAUUCCCAAGAAACUAGACAUACGACUCGGUCGGAAGCUGGAAGAAGCAGUCCUGCAUGGUUACCAAACAAAGCUCGGAAAAGCUUUCGACCUCAUGAUCAAAAAUUGAAAGCAGUAAAUCAGUCCAUUGUGAGCUAUGCGGGUUUGGAGUUUAGAAGCACAUUGCCUUCCACCAGCCAAUCGAAAUCGCACAGGACAUCUGUAAACGGCACGAUUGGAAAUGAUCAGAGCAGAAGUCAGUGGCAUGUUUGUAGCAGCCCAGAGUUAAAUACAUCGAAGCUGGUUGUUAAAGCCAAUCUAGUUCGGCCCGAGGUAUUUGACAAAUCAAUAAGCUCGCAGAAGUCCCAGAACCAGCUCAAAGAAACACAGAUUAUUACUCGAAUAAAAUCAAUGAAGAUCGCUUCUCUAAAAGAGGGCAAGUGGACCACGAAAUGAUUCACUAUACUCGUGUUUGCGGGCUCGGAAUAAUCAAAUGCCCAGCAAUCAAUUCCAAUAAAAUACAAGUGUUUAACAUUU